UCACAUUCAGGUCGGACGACUUUAUCAAGAAAUACACUUUGCUCUAGAAAUUUGCUUAUAUCCGUCCCUUGUUGUCUAUAUUCACAGAGGAGGUAUCCGGUCUUAGCUUGAGACAAAGCGACAAGUCUGCUUCGCAGUUGUUUUUGGCCUCUUCACGUGACCCCAGAGAAAGUUAAGAUGGAGGAGAAUGCAAAUCUCACGUCUAAAGACGAAAAACGCGAUUUCGCAGAGUUUGACGAUGUCUUUGAACAUGUGUCCUCCUUGGGAAGAUACCAAUUACUAGUGACUUUCUUUACGGGCUUUGUGUUGAUCUUUCCCGUCACAACUCAUUUCACCUUGCUCGUGUUUGCUAAUGGUACGCCCAAGUUUGAAUGUGUCACGCCAAAUGUCACCUGUGGGGGCGUGAAGAAAUGCUGUGACGAAUGCGACUCCUACGAGUUCACGGGAAUUUUCAAAAGCACUACAUCUGAGUGGAAUUUGAUUUGUGACCGAGCAUUCCUGGGUGCUACUAUCCAGUCCUGUUUCUUUGCUGGGAUGCUGGUUGGUUCUUUUGUGACUGGGAUAAUUUCAGACGCCUGGGGUCGAAAGAAGUGUAUAUUUGCGUGCAACGCUGUAAUGAUUUUAACAGGAGUUACCUCGGCGUUGGUCGAUUCCGUCCCUCUGUUCACAUUUCUUCGAUUCGUAGUUGGUUUCAGUUUGACAGGAGUGAUGCUUACACAGUAUAUUUACGUCAUGGAGCUGAUUGGACCUACUAAAAGAACCCUGGCUGGAAAUUUGGAGUUUCUAUUCUUCAAUGGCUUUCAGCCACUGUUUGUUGGUAUCGCCUAUUUUGUACGAGACUGGAGGCAUCUCAUCCUUAUUUCCACUCUCCCAGCUGUUUUCCUAUCGAUUCAGAGGCAUUGAAAUCUCUCCUGGAGGAUGUCAGGAAAGACCAGCUGGAACGAGAGAAGGAGGCUAAAAAAUACACACCAAUUGAUAUGAUUCGCAGCUCAAAACUGAGGAAAUGGACGAUGAUUUUCUGUUUUCAAUGGUUCGCUGUAGCUUUGGUAAGCUUUGGAAUAUUUCUUUUUGUCAAUCAAUUGGUCGGCAACAUUUACGCCAACUACUUCAUCAUGGAGGCGGUUGCAUGCGUCAAGCUUCCAGCAACCUGGUACCUGUAUUUAAAGUUUGGCCGCCGAGCCUCUCAUGCUGUCACCUUAUUCCUGGUGGGAUUCACCUUCCUACUGGUUUUGUUUCUGUACAAAGAUCAUGAAACGUCAACUACUGCACUUUCCAUCAUUGGAUACCUUUUAAUUGAUUGCGCUUGGAUCAGUGUCUACCUCAUCACGUCUGAACUUUUUCCAACUGUCUUGAGGAACACGGCCCAAGGAACAGGAUCUACAGCUGCUCGAGUUGGUGGAAUCUUAGCUCCGUACAUUGCAACAAUGAGUCAGUUACCAGGUCUAAGCUUAAUGUUUCCGGUCGUGAUCUUCGCAGUGGUGGGAACUCUUGCCGGGAUAUUGAUGUACUGGAUUCCAGAGACGCUUUUCUCUCCCAUGCACCAAACCAUCGAGGAGACUGAAGCAGCUGAAGAUGAUUAUGGGAUACCUUGCUGCGGGAAAAGGAUCGAAUUUGGAAAGCCGAAAUCAAAAAGAGUAAUUUGGCUUUGAAUGGUUGUACAACUGAGUGGCUAAGGCUGAAAGGGAGGAGAAAAUGUAGCGGCUGCGGGAUCUGCACAUGGUUAUCUUUUUCAUUAUUAUUAACAUCAUCAUUUGCGAUUUUUUCGAGACAAAUCCAAUUGAUAUAUAGAGAUAGACAGAUAGUUUAAUGGCCAUAUUCAUCGCAGCCCGAAGGCUGAAUUUCGUAUAUAGACAAAUGGUUAAACUGAUAUAAUGGGUACAUAAUAUUAAAUACUUUAAAUAUAAAAGUAUGUAAAAAAGGGAUAAGAUUACAAUAAGGGGACUGAUCAGUACUUAUAAUAACCAACCAUUUUCACGGAAGUUGUUACGUCAUAAAACUUUGAUCGGCUGUAUGAAGCUGUUGCACUGAGAAUAAAAGAAACUUUUUCAAAACCCA